AUGGCUGGAAAAGGAAGACCACCAAUAAAUACUGUGUUUCCAUCUUGUCAAGAUGAAGUCAAAGAACUGGAACCAAUCGUUUUUCAUGUUCCCGCGACUUACAACAGCAAAGUAAAAAUUCACGACUGGCAAUUACCCAGUUUGGCCGAACCCAGAGAUAAUAGAGACAUAUUCCCACCCGUUGGGAAUCUUCACAAGUCGUCGUAUAAACGAUUGGGCCCAGAAGCUGACGGUACUGGAAUUUCAGAGACGCAGGCUAUGCUGUCCCAAAUAGAACUGAAACACCUGUACGCGCCGAUUUUUCCACAGCGUACCCUAUUGAACAUAAAGGCCCUUGCAUCAGAAGUGACUACAGAUAGAAAGCCGUUAACUCUAACAGAAGCUAUUUACGAUCCUGAAGAGGCUCGUCGCAUGGAUUAUCGGACCACGAAGGAAAAUGAUUACAGAUUACCUCGUCCUAUAAAACGAAAACCACCUCCGCCACCACCACCGCCAGAACCGUGGCUUUUGAAUCGGCGAACGAUCGGUUACAGUCUGCAAGAAUUGGAGAAACGGGACGGUUUCUAUACUUUCUUGGACGACGACAUGGAGCUUCACCGGAGAAUAGCGGAACUGAAAUCGAGACGAAAUAAACUCCAUGAACAUACGUCCACAAACGAUUCCACAACAGAUCAUGCCAGUGCUACUAUCGCAGAACAUGAAAAGAUCGAUUGUCCAUAA